CCAUAAUUAACUAACCGAACUAUAAUAUUAACUAAACCGACAAGGAAAAUUUCCGGUUCAACCGGUACAUGUAGGACCCACCCUUACCUUUUCCUUUUUCACGAACCGGUCGCAGCCAAAACUGGUUCUCUGCUUUCUCCCCGUCGCUCCGUUCCGCGACCUAAUCGAUGGCUGGGAAAUAUCCACCGCCGGCGACCAAGAUCUCCAUUAUCUUCCUCCUCCUCUUUUUCGCCUCUUCUCCGGCUCCGCCUCUCGCUGACGCAUUCUCCUUUUCCUUCUCUUUGCCCUUCUCCCAGUACAGAACCCUCUUCUCGAUCUCGCGAACUCUGAUCCUUCGCGUCGCCAACCUACGCGCCUCCCGCGGCGACGUCUCGGGCUCCGCUCGUGCUUGGUUAAUCGCCGAGAAGAUGGAGCGGUGGUUAGGAUUAGGGUUUCUGAGCAGUGCGUGGUCUGUUGGGUGGGACUACGCGAGGAACUAUGCUUGGGGAGGUAUCGACUAUGAUGAGAUGUACGGCGCCAUUGCCGAGCUUAACGAGCUUAUGGGUUUAGUGGGAGAGUUGACUGGGGCCGAGUCGGAUGUGGAUAGGGUGGCCUCCGCCGCCCGGAAUUACGGGAAUGCUCUCCGCGUUUCCAAACGCUUGCUUCGUCGUCUUCUCAAAAUUUUCGGUAAAGCGGGUGCACUGAGGGAAUUUUGGGAGAUGGUGCAAACAGAGGUGGUGGAUGGAGGCUUAUUAAAGGACUGUCUUGAAGUUGGCAGCGAGGACGUUAAGGGUUUGCUUCAAGUUGCAAAGGAAAUGGCUUUAAAAUUCUUCUCUGCUCAAAACCGCUCUGGUGAAUUAUAGCACCAAGCUAACACAAGGUUAGAGAGGCUAUAUGUUCAUUUAAUUGACAAACUCUUCUGGAUCCUUGAUUUUGCUAGACAUUCGUUCGUUGAGAAUGUUCAAUUCCUUUGUAAUUCUAUGCUGUUCCAUACGGAAUGUAACCUCUACGUAGAGAGAUACCGAGAUCUAAUACAGUUUCAACUAGUUUGCCAUGUUGGAAUA